AGGCGGGCUCUCAGUGGUGCGGCCGGCGGGCGGCUAUGGCGGCCGUACGGGGCCUGCGAGUGUCGGUGAAAGCAGAGGCCCCAGCGGGGCCGGCCCUGGGCCUCCCGUCGCCUGAGACGGACUCUAGUUUGGAGCGUGGCGAGCCGGAGCCCAUGGAGGUGGAGGAGGGCGAGCUGGAGAUUGUGCCGGUGCGGCGCUCACUGAAAGAACUGAUCCCGGACACAAGCAGAAGAUACGAAAACAAGGCUGGCAGCUUCAUCACUGGAAUUGAUGUCACCUCCAAGGAAGCAAUUGAAAAGAAAGAACAGCGAGCCAAGCGCUUCCAUUUUCGAUCAGAAGUAAAUCUUGCCCAAAGAAAUGUAGCCUUGGACCGAGACAUGAUGAAGAAAGCAAUCCCCAAAGUGAGAUUGGAGACAAUCUACAUUUGCGGAGUAGAUGAGAUGAGUACCCAGGAUAUCUUUUCCUAUUUUAAAGAAUAUCCUCCAGCUCACAUUGAAUGGUUGGAUGAUACCUCCUGUAAUGUUGUCUGGCUGGAUGAAAUGACAGCCACACGAGCCCUUAUCAAUAUGAGCUCUUUGCCAGCCCUGGAUAAGAUAAGAAGCAGGGAUGCCAAUGAGGACAGGUCAUCUGAGAAAAGUAAAAAAGACAAGCAGGAAGACAGUUCAGAUGAUGAUGAGGCCGAAGAAGGAGAAGUUGAAGAUGAGAACUCCAGUGAUAUAGAGUUGGACACAUUGUCUCAAGUAGAAGAAGAGUCUCUGCUAAGAAACGAUCUUCGUCCAGCUAACAAACUUGCUAAAGGAAAUAGGUUAUUCAUGAGAUUUGCUACAAAAGAUGACAAAAAGGAACUUGGAGCAGCCAGAAGAAGUCAGUAUUACAUGAAAUACGGGAAUCCAAAUUACGGAGGCAUGAAAGGAAUUCUUAGUAAUUCUUGGAAGCGAAGGUAUCAUUCCCGUCGCAUUCAGCGGGAUGUGAUCAAGAAGAGAGCCCUGAUUGGGGAUGACGUUGGCUUGACGUCCUAUAAACACCGACAUUCCGGACUAGUAAAUGUUCCGGAGGAACCCAUUGAAGAGGAGGAAGAGGAGGAGGAGGAGGAGGAGGAAGACCAGGACAUGGAUGCAGAUGACAGAGUGGUGGUAGAGUACCAUGAGGAGCUCCCAGCUCUCAAGCAGACCCGGGAGCGGAGCACAUCUAGGCAGUCCAGUGCCAGCAGUUCAGACUCCGAUGAAAUGGACUAUGAUCUAGAACUGAAAAUGAUUUCCACUCCUUCACCAAAGAAAAGCAUGAAAAUGACCAUGUACGCUGAUGAAGUGGAAUCUCAGUUGAAAAACAUUAGGAACUCCAUGAGGGCAGAUACUGUAUCCACAAGCAAUAUCAAAAACCGAAUCGGUAACAAGUUACCGACUGAGAAAUUUGUAGAUGUCCGACAUCUGUUAGAUGAAAAACGUCAGCACACACGUCCACGGCCACCAGGCAGCAAUACUAAAUCAGAUAUACGCCAGCGGUUAGGAAAAAGACCAUAUUCUCCAGAAAAGGCUUUUAGUAGUAACCCAGUCUUUCGGAGAGAGCCUUUUUCUGAUGUACAUAGUAGACUGGGUGUUCCCAGGCAAGAUGUUAAAGGCCUCUACUCUGAUACUCGGGAGAAGAAAUCAGGUAGUUUAUGGACUCGCUUAGGAUCUGCACCCAAGACCAAAGAAAAGAACACGAAGAAGGUGGAUCACAGAACACCGGGCACUGAGGAAGACGACUCUGAGCUGCAAAGGGCAUGGGGGGCUCUGAUAAAGGAGAAAGAACAGUCUCGCCAAAAGAAGAGCCGCUGUUACCAGCACCCUUUUCCCAAGAAAAGUCAAUUCCCAGGUGCUUAUUGGACAGCCUUCGAGGGGGAAGAUGAGGGAAGCUGCCAGCUCACCCUUCCAGGACCCUAGUGUCGGGGCCGAAUCUCAUGGACCUGACUACAGAGGUGCACCAGUGCCGCCCAGGUAGAUAAGAGAUGCAGCGUCGAUCGUGCUUCCAUUCCUUCCUGGGGAUUUCUGUUAGGGGCCUCUUCGUAGCAAUCAGCUUGAAGUGAAGAUCAAGUUCAGUGCUGUGGGAUUUUUAGGAACAAAAAACUGUGACUUCUGGAUUUGGGGUGGACUUUUGUGCUAGGGGUGGGGUCAUGGGUUAAUGUUGAACAAUUUUUAAGUCUGUAUUAUGUUUAAAAAUAUUAAUGAUUUAAAAGUUAAAAUUUUUAAUUUUUAUAUGUGAAAAUACUUCCUGUUGGCUACAAGGGAAGCUCAAGUGGUGUCUUAUGUGUGCUGUUAAAUAUAUAUUAUAUACUUUGGAAGAAGGCAAAGAGAGGAGUCUCAUUAUUUUUAAAUGAUCCUAAUUGUAUAGUCUGUCUGUUGUAUAUAGAAUUCAACUUGCUUUUUGGCCACUGUAGGAAAAAAAAAAUCCAUCCAUCAGAGAUGGGGUCCUGUUGUUUAUUAUCACUUCAGAAGUGAUACGUUGGUAUUUAUUCUAUUUCCAAGUUCUGGCGCCUGAAGUUAUCUUUAAAACUGGCUAAUAAGAUCAUAGUUAUGGAAAUUUUAGUUUGUUUAUUUCUUGUUUGUUUCUAAACUCCUUUCAGAUUAUUUUAAAGGCAGUAGAUUAUUUUGUCUUCCUGUUUGAUCUCUAUCUUGAAGUAUUUAAUGUUUAUAUUCCUUUGCAGGCUUAAAAAUAGUGUUUCUCUUCAAUUCACUAGAAUUUAGGAGUUAGAGAUUGUAAACCUUUGUCCCUUUGUGAUGUCACAGCUCUUCACCUGUCUGGCUUGUUUCAGUACCUAGUGUAGCCCUGGAUUCUAGAGAUCUUUACUUGUGGCUGAACUAAUGGUCGCAUUGAUAGUUGAUUACAGUAUGGUGUGAUUGAAUGCAGAAUGCUGCUGCUAAUAAAGAAAAUAAAGGGCUGUGGGACUUAAGAGCUGCAA